UGGCGAGCGCCCCCCCCCUUCCUCCCCCCCCCCCCCAGCAGCCUCAGGAGCCUUUUCGCUGGUGAGGCGAGCGUGAGCGAAGGGAGUCUUAGGGCAAAGGAGGGGAAGCGGGGAGCCAGCGGGCGGCGUUUGUUCCGUUCAGAGGCCGGGAACACAAGAUUUAUGACCUCAUCCAUCUAAAGCCACCCCGGGAAAUGGCUCCGAACUCCUGGUUCGGAACUGGCGUUAAAGCUCCGGGAGUUCUCAACCCCGUCCGACCGUUCUUGAACCUUAAGACCAGCCUCGUCGACGGGCAGAUGGUCCUCUCCGACCACUAGGAUGUAGGGAAACGUCCGACCCUCGGAAGCUCGUUGAGUUCGCUCAACAAAGACCCUCGCCGGGCUUCCUUUGCGCGCUACUCAAACUGCGGAGGCAAAAAUAAAGUAUAUCUGGGGUUUUUUUUGGAGGGGGGUGGGUGUUUUGUUUUUUGUUUUUUUGCAAACGCCAGGAUUUCUGUGCCCUCUGCAGCAAAAGCUCUAGUGCCGCUCUCUGCUACCAGGCCCCUCUGUUCCCGGGAACCUCAGGCUGAUGCCCAUCUCAGCUCAUCCACGCCUGCAAUGGGAUGAUACUCUGAAUCCCUUGAGGAUUAGUGUGGGCAGCCUUCCAGUGCUGGCGUCCAUGACCAAAGCAGCUGACCCCCGUUUCCGCCUACGUUGGAAGGCCAUUGUGGUGACCACUCUGGCCCUUGUCCUAGUGUUGCUUCUCCUUUGUUUCCAGCGUUCAUCCCCAGCAAACAGGCCAGUUCCUCUCAAUGCUCAUAACUGGAGGCUUAAUGUUCUACCCGGUGAGAGGUAUAAUGACACUUACCCACUGUCACCACCCCAGCGGAUCCCAGAAGGUGUGCGGUACCGUAUUGGACUCAUUGCUGACCUUGACACAAACUCCAAGGGUCCAAAUGAGCAUACCUGGUUCAGCUACUUGAAGAAGGGUUAUCUCACAUUGUCAGCCAGUGGGGACCAUGUCUCUGUUGAGUGGGAUACAAAGGACCAUAUAUUGGAAUCUCACCUAGCGGAAAAAGGACGUGGCAUGGAGCUUUCUGAACUGGUAGUCUUUAAUGGUAAACUCUAUGCCGUGGAUGAUCGAACGGGUGUGGUCUACCAGAUUGAUGACACCAGGGUGGUACCUUGGGUGAUAUUAUCUGAUGGAGAUGGCACAGUUGACAAAGGAUUUAAGGCAGAAUGGUUGGCAGUGAAGGACGAGCACCUCUAUGUGGGAGGCCUGGGCAAGGAAUGGACCACAACUACAGGAGAGGUGCUUAAUCAAAAUCCAGAAUGGGUGAAAGUCAUUGGCUACAAAGGUGAUGUGGCUCAUGAGAACUGGGUGGUCAAUUACAAUGCACUCCGGACUGCAGCUGGGAUCAAAUCUCCAGGUUACUUGAUCCAUGAGUCUGCCUCUUGGAGUGAGAGACUGCAGCGUUGGUUCUUCCUGCCACGCCGUGCCAGCCAUGGACGCUACAAUGAGCAGGAGGAUGAGCAUCGUGGCACCAACUUGCUUCUUAGUUCCACACCAGACUUCACUGAUAUCUCUGUGAGCCAUAUUGGUGAUAUCAUUCCCACCCACGGCUUCUCCUCCUUCAAGUUUGUCCCUGACACUGAUGAUCAGAUAAUUGUGGCAUUAAAAUCUGAAGAGGAUGCUGGACAUGUGGCAACCUAUAUCACUGCCUUCAUGCUGGAUGGACGUUGCCUGUUACCUGAAACUCGCAUUGGUUCCGUCAAAUAUGAGGGUAUUGAGUUUAUCUGAUUAAAAGGUUAUAUCUAAUUAAAAGAAGUCAUACUUUUAAGGAGGUCAGAUGAACUGCUGAGAGGUGGCAGAAGGUCUGUUCCUGUUUAUUACUCUAACUCUGCUUUUGCUGCAGAGCAUUAUGGGACAUUGAAGUGCUUCUCUUGGCAUAGUUUUCACCUCUAAAAACUACUCGGCAAUUGUAGCUUGUUUCUGUGCUGCCCCCUAGUGGUACAAAGCCUGUACAGCCUUUUUUUUCUCUAUUCUAUUUCAUCCUAGGAUUUAGCCCACUCUCUCCUUUAUUCAAUAAGACUAUUAAUUCGGCAGAGCAAACCUAAUGAAUUGCCUUAUUCUUCCCUCCUCCCUCCUGUCCCCUGACUAUUCACAUGUGUCUUUGCUGAGAAGAUAAAGUCUUCAAACCCAAUUAUUCAGCAAAGAUAUAAGUCAAACAUUUGGAAGGUUUUCCCUUUGACUCUGCCUAGCUCUGCAGCAGUCAUUUUAAUCUUGUCUGCAGUUUCCUUUUUGAUAGGAAAUUCAGGGUGGAACUUUGGCUUCUAAUCAGGAAACUUUGUGAUAACAGCAGAAAAGGAGCUGAUGCCAUAACUUGGAACUUUCUGGAACAAAAGGCUCAUCUGUUUUGAGAGGUUCUGUUUUGCCUUUGUCUCUAAAAGCAAAGAGUUUCCUUUUGGUAAUCUUAAUAUUGAGAAAUCAAGCUUCAUAUUGUUAAGAAACCUAUAUGUCAUAGCUUUUUGUGAUCCUUCAUUUAAAAAAAAAAUGUUUUCAGUGUUAGGAAACAAGAUCUUAUGAAAAUAUUGUAGCUGGAAUCAGGUUCCAAAGUUAUUCCAGCUGCAGAAUUUUAAGUAUUCAUCGUUCCUUCUUUAUGUGUAAUAAAAUGGGCAAGUGAGAUUACUUUGCUUCCAUGUCUCUUCUCAUUGCUGGACAUUUUCUGAAAGUUUUAUUUCAAUCCUAGCACUGUGUCUUAUUUUUCAAAUAAAUUAUCAACAGCUUUCAUAUUUUGAAAGUUACUUGAACUUACCUAUGCUUUAUCUAUACUUACCUAUACUUUUUACCUGUUUUUACCUUUUUACCUAUUACCUGAAAUGAAACAAAAAAUGUGUUGCCAGUUGUAACGUGCCAGCUUUUAAGCAGAUAAGAUAAAAAUAUAUGUUUAAGAAACACAAAUAUUAAGGAGCACUUUUGUAGGAAGAUGAGCUACACUAGGGGUGUCAAAUUCGAUUUCAUUGAGGGCCACAUCAUGGUUGUGUUUGACCUUGGGGGGCCAGGGUGGGCGUGGCCAAUUUGACAUUAUUUGUGUCGGGGGCACCUGUGGUGGCCCGAGUGAUCUGCCAGUGAAAAUGGGUUCCUGAGCUCCAUUUUCAGCUGUGAUGGCUUCCUGCAAUCCUCUGCCAGAGAAAAUGGAGCUUGGCAGAGGGUUGCAGGAAGCUGUUGCAGCCGAAAAUGGAGUUCAGAAGCCUAUUUUCGCUGGCAGAGGCACCACAGGCCGGUCCUCGCUGUUUCCAGGGCAGCCCCACAGUCCAGAUUUAAGCACCUCGUGGGCGGGAUCCGGCCCCCGGGCCUUGAGCUUGACACCUCUGAGCUACACAAACUCCAAAGAAAUGUAAUAAAAUUUUUGGGAUAUGCCAAAAUGUAUACAGUUGAAGGCUGUGCCAUAAAUUGUGUGAAUAUAAAGGAAUGUGCUUUUUACCAAACCAUUGUGGUCAUUGUGCUCAAUAUUCCCUAUUCUAACUGGUAAUUCCCUUUAGAGACUGAUGCUAAGCUAAUCUGCGUGCAAAAUAUGCCCUCUUACUGUUGAACUGCAGUUUCUCUUUUCACAGAGCAUCAUAUUAAAUUGGAUGCAGUUCUAGUGGGGGAUUUACGUAGAUGUUCCCCAAAAGUUUCCACCCAAUACUUUUGGUUUGUAUCUUAAGAACAUGAACCAUAAAGUGAUGCACACAGACAAAGGGCGGAAUAGAAAUAAUAAUACAUUUUGAAUAUUGUGUGAAAUUCAGAAAGGCUGAUCACUAGAUGGCACUACUGUACUUAUUUGUGACAUAGCCAUGACAUAAAGACCACUGUCAGCUUUCCGUGGAAGGAUCAGAACACUCUCUAGGGGCGUGGCUAGCAUUUACAUCAAAUGUAUCAAGUCCAGUCAGUAUUUGUGUGUGCUGGCAUUUCCUGUUAGAUAUAUUUAAGAUUUAGAUCAUAAAUUUAAGAGUCCAAAACAUACAAAAAUAAUAAAUGAGUUUUAUUUAUUUAUUUAGGGGCCGGGAUAGCUCAGGCAGUAGAGAAGCCUGUUAUUAGAACACAGAGCCUGCAAUUACUGCAGGUUCGAGCCCGGCCCAAGGUUGACUCAGCCUUCCACCCUUUAUAAGGUAGGUAAAAUGAGGACCCAGAUUGUUGGGGGGGCAAUAAGUUGACUUUGUAAAAAAAUAUAUACAAAUAGAAUGAGACUAUUGCCUUAUACAUUGUAAGCCGCCCUGAGUCUUCGGAGAAGGGCGGGGUAUAAAUGUAAACAACAACAAAAAAAGUUUGGACACACAAAACCAGAUUUUGAUAACUGCCUCCCAUUUUGCAUUGAGAAUAUUGCCUAUAAAGUUGAAUUGGUUUUUGUAAUCUGCUAGUAAGAGUUAAUUUGGUUAAAAUGAUUACUUAGUAACAAUUUAAGGAUUUUUUUUUUCUUGGAUGCCCAGGUAUAAUAUUUAAAUAUGAGCUCAUUAGCAUCACUCUAGUUCUUUGUGUGGUAUGUCUUUGUUAUUAAGUGGCUGAUAACAAGAAGCAAAAAUAAUUUGAAUUUUAGUUAGUAGGGAUUGUCUUGUAAGCAAAAUGCCAGAACUCUGGAAAAAUGCAAAUAUAUUUCUAAUUUCUAAGAGAAGAAGAAAAGAUUUCAUUCUUUUUCAAACACUUCACAAAGGACCCUAUUAUAUUAGUUAAUUUAAAACUCUGGCAGAAAUACUGUUCAAUUGUUAAACAGCCUCACCUCUGCACAAAUUAGCAAAUUAAAGUCUAAUUUGGAUAUCAUGGUGAUUUCUUUUAUUAUCAGCCUCUUUGACCUAUGGAUGUUUGACUUCUCCUGCUGAAUUAGCCAGCCCAAACACAAUCAGACAGAUAAUCUAAAGAUAGACUUCUAAUUAAGCUCCUGAGCCAUUGAUUUAAUACCAUCCUUGUAGGUCCAAAAUUAAAUUCUGUGUGAUUUUGCUCAACAUUUUUAAAUUUAAGUUCAGAUUUAUUUAAGGAAGUUCAGAAUUCAGUAAUCCAAUUUUUCACAUGGCUGUACCGUCUUUGUAUGAACUUUUGCAGAUUAUUCCCUCUUAUGAUCUUUUUACUCUGGUGCCCUCUAGAUUUAUUAAACCAUCUCCCAUGAGCUUUAGAUAGCAUGACUAAUGGCAGUGUUGGCUUGGAAGUCAUUUAUAAUAGAGGGGACAAGUUUGGGAAAAGCUGCUCCCAGUACUGUACAAGCAUUUUCCUCUCUGUAAAUAACCCUGUCUUAUAUCUCCAGAUACAGCAUCUUGUUCUCUAUGGAAGUUUUUUUUUUAAAGAUGAUUUUUUAAAAAAAAGAUAGAAGUGGAGAAUAACCAAAUGUCCAUUUUUCAUACUUACAACCAUUGCGUUGCAGCAUCCCCACUCCUCAUGUGAUCAAAAUUCAGGUGCUUGGCAACUGAUUCAUAUUUAUGACAGUUGCAGUGUCCCGGGGUCAUUGUGAUCCCUUUUUGCGACCUUUUGACAAGUAAAGACAAUGGGGAAGCCAGAUUCACUUAACAACCUGGUUACUAACUUAUCAACUGCAGUGGUUCACUUAAGAACUGUGACAAGAAAGAUUGUAAAAUGGGGCAAAACUCAGCAACAGAAAUUUUGGGCUCAAAUGUGGUCUUAAGUUGAGGACUAUUUGUAUCAGUGUAUGUGCUGAGAUGAGUCUUUCUUAAUGCUUUUGAUCUUUCUUACCCCACUCUUGUUUUACUGGGGGAUUGGCUAACCAUUUAAGAUAUAUGAACAGGAUGUGUUGGUUCCUGUUUUCAGUAUUUUGCAAUAUCCUAGGUUCAAACAACCUGGUUGGAUGGUUAGAGAUGGGACACCUAUUGACAGAUAGCAGGAGGAGUCUGAACCUUCCCAACCAUGUCUUUUGGCCUUGCUUCCCACUUACCUUGGUGCAGUUUCUGGUUAUAGGUUGUGUAGUACUUUUCUACCUUUAUGGAGGAGAGAAGUAUCUUGUCCUAAUUCCUUACCCUUGAGGUCAGCUUAUAAGAGAGAUGGAGCUCUCUCAGAAUCUGAAUAAUUUACCCAUGUAUGGCAUGGCAUAAUAAUGGUAAGACAGAAAAUAUAGUGAACUCUAGCAUCACUCCUGGUCUUGGUAACUCUGAGGCAUGUAACCAGUAUUAAUUUUUAUAUUAUAUUAUAAUACACACAUACACACAUGGGAAAAGAAAGAAAAGAAGAAAAGAAAAAGAAAAAAGAAUAGAGGGCAUUUAUAAGCAUUAUAUGACUAGGUUAUAUUUUUUAGUGUUCAAUUAGUUUUAAAUAAUUGAAUAUAUUAUUUUAAAAAUUCCACAUCAUUGUUAAAAUCCAAGUAAGGUAUAAAUUUCAAUGGCAAUCAGCAGAAUAUAGAUUAUAAAAUGAAUUAGGAAUUGUAAUAACGUCAACCUGAGCAGUUGAAGAUAUAUUUGAAGGUUAAAAUAUUAAGACUUUAUGUUAAGAGAAAACCAAAUUUGGAUAUAGCAUAAGCCUCUAUGUAGAAUUACAGUUCAAAAAUGAUUUCCAAAUUGAAUUCAGUAUCAAAUUUACUUUUAAGAUAGGAUGUUACUUUGGAUACUGAAGCAGAUUCCCACAAAUUAAUUAGCAUUCUUCUGCAGAAGGUAAUGUACAUACUUUGCAUAAAGACUCAUAAAGUAGUCUUUUGAUAUGGUAGUUACAUGCAAAACUAAUUAGAAUACUUUGUGGGAAUAUAAGAUUUAAUAAUAAUUUACUUUUUAAAAAAUAACAAGUUUAAAAGAAAAUCUUGCUUUUAAUUUUUUCAUUCUGUUGUAAUUUCCCCAAAAUUGUUAGACUUUACUAAAUUGCAAUCAAAUAUAGAAAAAUAAACGAAUAUGGUUGUUACAUUUUCAACUUUUAGAAAACGAAUUGUCUAUUUUAGCAACUAAUACUAAAAUAGUAUUAGUAAAACCUACCAGUUUUCUUUAAUAUUUGGUGUUAACGUCUCUCCGCUAUUAACAUUUGUAUUAUUGCAAACUUAUUGUUGUAUCUAAAUUCUACAUCCAUUUAAUCAUACAGUCUUUAAUUUGUUCAUUGUUCUGACUCAUGUUUCAUUGAUAGUUUGUAAAUAAGACCCAACAAAUCUAUGAAAACCUAUGUUAGGUUUUCAUAUUCAAUCGAGUGUCCUAAGUGUUCCAUGUUGUUUUUGAAAAUAAUUUUUAAACUAUUGCUUAUUUAAAAUUCUAAAACUGAUAAAGUAUUUCUGGCCUUUCUCAAAAAGAUGUUAUAUUUGCCUUAUUAAAAAUGAGAUCUUGCAGUAUAUCUGAUUUGAUAUUUCUCCACUGAGCAAUGCUUUCCUUUUUAUAAAAAUAAAUAUUUAAUAACAAGGUGAGAGAUGAUAAUUUUAUUCUUUUUCUGAAUUUAUUCAAAAAAAUGUAAUAAGUUGUUAAUUAUUGCAUAAUGUCUUACAGACUUUUAUUUCUGUUUGUAUAGUCCAAAAAUAUUUGUAUAGACCGUUUGAGAGUUGCUCCAUCAGUACAGGUGAUAUGAUCCAAUCAGUAAUCCAAGAUAGACAACUAGUUUGAUAAUAUAGUUUAAAAGAUUGGAGCUGCCAGGCUACCUUGUUCUUUCAGAUCCUGUAGCAUUGUAAAGUUAAUCCUUGGUAAUUCAUGGAACUAUACAAAUUGUUUAACUUGCCUCUGGCAAUAAUGUAUUACUUUAUUUUUAGUAUUUAUAA